AUGGGUGAACCUGAGAUUGGUUUCGUACCUGGAUGUGAUUGUACGAACCUGAGAUUUUUUUUGUGCAUGGUAAUGGGCGAGCGUGAGAUUGGUAUUGUGUCUGGUGAUUGGACGAGCUUGAGAUUGGUUUCAUGCCACACUACGCCGAUGAAAUUUCUAUUUAGCGUUAUUGUUGAAUGA